AUGAUAAUCACAAUUAGUAGGGUUUUGAUCAGCGCCUUAAAAAAGGUAGUGCUAUUUUUUAAUUUCCUACAAACUUUAAUUGACAAAAGUAUUGUUGUAACAGUAGAGUUAAAGAAUGAUCUACAGAUAACUGGUACAUUACAUAGUAUAGAUCAAUAUUUAAAUAUAAAACUUAAUGAAAUAUCAGUUAAUCAAAAUGAGCAAUAUGUUCAUAUGAAUUCUCUUAAAAAUUGUUUUAUUAGGGGAAGUGUUGUACGCUAUAUUUUCUUUCCACCUUCUUUGGUUGACAUAGGAUUACUACAAGAAUCUUGUAGAAAAGAAAUAAAAGCAAUCCAAGAAACUAAGGAUAAAUUUAAAGCAUAG